AUGAAACAUCUUUGGCCGUUGCUGACGUGGAUACUUCUAUCUUCGUAUCCGGCCGAAUCUCGUAAAGGACUCGGCCAUGGAUCGAAGCGAGAAGUAUUCUUCCUGAACCUCGAGGACGGCUACUUUGGCUGUCAAGUGAACGAGUCGACUGACGUCCUUCAGUUGCUCGAGCUUUCAAAGCUCUGUGACCAUCGCGUCGACUGCUACCAAGGCGUGGACGAGCAGCGCAACAAGUUAAAGUGCACAGAUUAUUCAUAAACUUAUAUCAUAACAUUAAAUAUAUCAACGAAUGUGACGAUCCAGCGAUUGCUAGGCGUUGCGUCGAGAAUGCCGAGUGUUGUAAUCUACCCUCGAACUUUGUGUCAAUGCAAAUCUGGCUAUAUCGGCAAUGGUGAGGUGCAUUGCGAGGAUGUGAACGAAUGUACGAUACCAGGUGCAUGUGGCGACAAUACUGUGUGCCACAACAUACCUGGUAAUUACACCUGCACGUGUCAAGACGGAUUUACGGGAGACCCGUUCAACAGUUGUAUCGAUAUUGACGAAUGCAAAUACGAGGGUGCCUGCGGAAGAGGUGCGCUGUGCGUGAAUGUACCAGGCGCGCAUAAGUGCGAAUGUCCCGACGGAUACGACGGAAGUCCUGAGGAGGAGUGCAGGGAUAUCGAUGAAUGCUUGAGGAGUCCUUGCGGACGUUCCGCUCUCUGUACGAACGUACAUGGUAGCUUCCGAUGUUCUUGUCCCGAUGGAAUGGAUGGUGAUCCGAUGACAGGCUGCCACGACAUCAACGAAUGCACAGCUUUGGAAAAUCCUUGUGGGAAAAAUGCGAUUUGCAAAAACGAGGAGCCUGGUUACAACUGCCUUUGUCCACCAGGAUACAGUGCUAGGUCCAGCCCAGCAGUCGCAUGCGAUCAGACCGACGUGACGACUCUUUGCAAAUCGAAUUUCGAUUGCGUCAACAAUGCUGAGUGCAUCGAGGGACAAUGUUUCUGCAAAGAUGGCUUCAAAGCCAUCGGUGCUGAAUGCGUGGAUCUAAACGAAUGCCUUACUAAUCCCUGUGGACCUGCGUCGAUUUGCACGAACACUAGAGGAAGCUAUCAUUGUGAGUGCGAGUCUGGAUUUGUUGGCACACCGCCCCAUAUUCCGUGUAAAGCACCAUGCGAUGAGGUAACUUGUGGUGAACAUGCCUUCUGCAAGGCCGACGGUCACGAAGCUUAUUGCAUAUGUGAAGAUGGUUGGACCUUCAAUCCAAAUGACAUAGCGGCUGGUUGUGUCGACAUAAACGAAUGUGAUGCGAUAAAUGGACCUUCUGGAAGAUGCGGCAGAAAUGCCAUUUGUACGAAUACACCAGGUGGUUUUAGUUGUCAAUGUAAACUCGGAUACUCAGGAAAUGCCUUCAAGCAAUGUAUAGAUAUCGACGAAUGUACCAAAUCUAACGUUUGCGGUCAUGGAGCAAUGUGCACCAAUAUUGAAGGUUCUUACUCUUGCACGUGUCCGGAAGAAACCAUACCAGAUCCUGAUCCUUACAUUAAAUGCGUUGGCAUAGUGAGAUGUGAAAUUGACGAUGAUUGCCCAGGAAACGCUAUUUGUGACCCACAAAAAAGAUGCUUGUGUCCUGAGCCCAACGUCGGGAAUGAUUGCAGACAUCCAUGUGAAGAUUUAUCUUGUGGACCCAAUGCGCAUUGUAUGCUCAUGAACGAUGUGGCGACAUGUCUCUGCAGCAACGGGUACACAGGAAAACCCGGAAUAAAGGAUGGUUGUCGAGACAUCAAUGAGUGCGCGAUAAAUCCGUGUCCUCCGGGCGCAAUCUGUAACAAUGAGCCCGGUUCCUUCUCGUGUCAGUGUCCAAGCGGCAUGACGGGUGAUCCUUACAGCGGCGGUUGCCAAGAAUCUAGAACACCUCACGUGUGUGGUCCCAGUGCGCCCUGCCCCGCUGGAGAACAGUGCAUCAAGGAUGAAUUCGUAGGUAGCAGUGUGUGCAUCUGCCAACGUGGUUACACGCGCGAUCACGAGACCGGUAAAUGCAGAGACAUCAACGAAUGUAUGGAGCUCAGAGAGAAGCCUGCUUGUGGUGUCAACGCAAUUUGUAAAAAUCUCCCUGGCAGUUACGAGUGCCAAUGUCCACCUGGGUUUAAUGGAAAUCCCUUCUCGCUUUGCGAAGAAUGCAACAGCAUCGAAUGUCAAUGUCAACCUCCGUACAAGAUUGUCAAUGGUAAAUGCAUGCUUGCCGGAUGUUCGAAGGGCGAAAAGUGUCCAAGUGGUGCUGAGUGUAUAACAAUUGCCGGUGGUGUCAGUUAUUGCGCCUGUCCUAAGGGAUACACGACUAAGUCCGAUGGCUCCUGUGAAGAUAUAAAUGAAUGCAUCGUGGGUCACCAAGUCUGUGGCUACGGUGCCGAGUGUAUCAACCUACCAGGUUCUCAUCAAUGCGUAUGUCCGCACGGAUACGGUGGCGAUCCAUACAAUGGACUUUGUUCUCCGGCACAGAAGAGAUGUACCAACGACCACGAAUGCAAGGCUAAUGAGAAAUGCGUGCAGCCUGGGGAAUGUGUGUGCCCACCGCCGUUCUACACAGAUCCCUUAGAUGGAAAUCUUUGCAAAAAUCCUUGCGAUCGUUUCCCGUGUGGUAUUAACGCAAAAUGUACACCGAGCGAUCCACCGCGAUGCAUGUGCGAGGCUGGUUUCGAAGGUGAUCCGCAGCACGGAUGUAUUGAUGUAAACGAAUGCGCGAACAAUCCUUGUGGACACGGUGCAUAUUGCUUCAACACGAAAGGGGAUCACACGUGCGAAUGUCCUAAAGGUAUGAUUGGCGAUCCUUACGGUGCUGGUUGUACUGGAGCUCCGACCGGCAAAAGCGAGUGUUCGUCAAAUGACGAUUGCGAGAACUAUUUGUCAUGCGUCCAAGGAAAUUGCGUCAAUCCCUGCGAUAACGUACCUUGUGGUCCUAACGCAUAUUGCGAGCCGGAUAAACACGCAGCAUGGUGCAGAUGCGUAAUCGGGUUCACGGAAGGCAAAAAUAACGAAUGUGUUUCACAAUGCGACGGUUUUGUUUGCGGCACUGGGGCUCAAUGUAUCGUUAGUUACGACGGACCAACGUGUAAGUGUAUCGAAGGUUUCAUGGGCAAUCCUUUCCCUGGAGGACAGUGCGUUCCGGAUGUUUGCUCUCCUGAAAUCCCGUGCGCUGAGCCGAGCGUAUGCAUCAGUGGACGUUGCAAACGGCGCUGCGAAGGGGUGAUUUGCGGUAUCGGAGCCAUGUGCGAUCCUUUAACGAAUAAAUGCGUAUGCAAUCCCUAUUUUGUCGGCAAUCCCGAUCUGCUUUGUAUGCCACCCGUUCAACCACCACACUGCGAUCCAUUCUGCGGGAAAAAUGCACAUUGCGAAUACGGUCUUCAGGAAUCAAAGUGUGUCUGCAAUCCGGGUACCAGUGGGAAUCCUUAUCACGGCUGUGGUGUUCAAGAAAAGUCCGAUUGUUCUACUGCGGUGUGCGGAAAAGAUGCUCAUUGUAACGCGGGUCCUAACGCUGUCGAGUGUCUUUGCCCAUCUGGUUUCGCCGGCAAUCCAUACAUUCAAUGUUUUGAUAUUAAUGAAUGCAACGGAAAUGCAUGCGGAAGUAAUGCGGUGUGCAUCAAUACCCUUGGAAGUUAUGACUGUCGCUGCAAGGAUGGCUUUUUCGGCAAUCCGUUCGUUGGAUGUCAGCAAGUACAGGUGGGACCAUGCGCUGAUCCUUCUACUUGUGUUUGCAGCAAUACUGUACCGUGCCCCUUCGAUUACAUCUGUGUCAAUCAUAAGUGCAUAAAUCAGUGCAGCGACAUAAAAUGCGGUCCCAGAUCCGUUUGCCAGAAUGGAGUGUGCGUAUGUCCGCCUGGUUAUAGUGGCAAUCCUAAUGAUUUGCACAAAGGUUGCCACUUGCACGGUCAUUGCUUGAACGACCUUGAAUGCGAGCCGCAGGAGAUCUGUUUCCAGGUCGGCAAAGGCGUCCGCAAGUGCGUGGAUGCAUGCAGCAAGUUGCAAUGCGGACCAAACGCAUUAUGUAUCACGCAGAAUCAUGUGUCCUCUUGUUUGUGUAUCGAUGGUUACCAGGGUAAUCCGAGCAAUUUAAUCGAGGGUUGCCAACCGUCCAAGUCCGUGAUACCCGGAUGUGCACAUGACUCGGAUUGUCCGGCAGGUUCCUUCUGCAUUACUCUGGAUGGCGGCGUGCGCGACUGUGUAAAUCCUUGCAAUAAAGUGGUAUGCGGCGCCUAUCAAAAAUGCGAACCCGAUUUGGUCGUACCUGGUCACGCCACUUGCAAGUGUCAGGACGGCUAUGAGUGGAAUCCGGUGCAGUCGUCCUGCGAGAAGCCGUCGGUACCCGAUUGUAUAACCGAUGAUGACUGCCACUCAAGCGAGGGCUGUAGACCGGACGCGCUUGGCGUAUUAAAGUGUGUGUCACUUUGCGACGGUUUCACUUGUACCGCGAAUUCUCGCUGCGUGACGGAGAAUCAUCAUGGCCGUUGCGACUGUCUACCGGACUACAUCGGCAAUCCGAAUGAUCGUCGGGGAUGUCAUAGUCCGCGCGAAAACCGUUGUUCUACGGAUAGCGAGUGCGCGGAGGAUCAGACAUGUCGUAGCACUCCAGACGGUCCGCUCGCUUGUCAACUGGUCUGCGACUUUAUCACUUGCGGUCCCAAUGCGCUUUGUAUCGUCAAUAAUCACGUGGCGAACUGCGAAUGUCCGCCUGGACAGUAUGCCGGCGAUCCGAAUGACUCAACAUCUGGGUGUCGCGCGGUGCCCUGCGUCUAUAACAUCGACUGUCCACCGGCGCAACUCUGCAACCGACUUACGCACACUUGUUACGACGCCUGUGACGAGAAUGCGUGCGGUGUAAACGCGGUCUGCAUAGCGGAAGAUCAUAAAGCAAUCUGCCAAUGUCCGCCUGGGCUUCGCCCGAACCCAGUACCCGACGUCGAAUGCGUCGCCGUGGAGGCAUGUCAUCCGGACUCUUGCCAUCCAACUGCGUUGUGUGUCGCUGGUCCAACGAACAACCCGGUGUGUCAAUGCCCACCGAAUCAUGUCGGCGAUCCUUACGUGAACGGUUGCCAGCCGGAAGGACACUGCUCUGGUCCCAAGGAUUGUCCAGUGCAUUCCGUCUGUCAUGAGCAUCGUUGCAUUAAUCCGUGCGAGAAUGCGUGCGGUCCUAACGCAUUCUGCGAGAUCGUAAACGGUCAGCCGAGCUGCAAGUGUAUUCACAGGUUCGUGCCAUCCUCGAGGGGUCCAGAACACGGCUGCGUGCGGGGUACUAAUUACUGCACAGUUGACGCCCAAUGCGAAGACAGCUACUGUAUUGAUGGACAAUGCAGAGCUGUAUGUCGUUCAGUCGCUGAUUGUUCAGAUGGAGAGAAAUGUAUUAACAACAAAUGUAUGGUGUCAUGCAUUGCGCAUUCUCAGUGCCUAGUAGAUCAUGCAUGUGUAAGUGGAGGAUGCAUCCUCGGCUGCCGCAGUAAUAAAAAUUGCCCGACUAUCGAAUCGUGUAUCAACAAUAAAUGUCAAGAUCCUUGCAGUAGAAAAGACGUGUGUGGACCAAAUGCGAUCUGCAGUUGCAGUAAUCACGCGAUCACAUGCACAUGUCCUCUCGGUUUCCAUGGUAAUCCUACUCCAGAACAAGGUUGCGUUCGAGUACCAAACGUAUGCCAAACUCCGCAAGAUUGUCCCAGCCAGCAUCUGUGUGUCUCGGGAUUAUGCCAGUGUCAAUGUUCAGAACAGAACAAUUGCGCGCAAGGCGAGCGCUGUAAGAAUGGCGUUUGCGUAAAGAUAUGUUACAGCGACAGUAAUUGUCUGCCCGGCGAAUUGUGUAUCGAUGGAGCGUGCGAGGCGGGCUGCACCUCGGAUGUCGGCUGUAAACGCGACGAAGUAUGCAUUAACAGCAAGUGCAGAUGCAGCCACGGAUUUAUUGUCGGUCCCGAACAUUGCCUGGACAUCAACGAGUGUGAUGAUCAACCAUGUCAUCCAAGUGCUGAGUGCAUCAAUCUUCAUGGAUCUUACCGUUGCACAUGUCCUUCAGGUACCGCGGGCGAUCCUAUAGGAUUGGGCUGUGUGCUCCCGCAUCACUGCACCACGCACAAGGACUGUUCUGAUACUCAAGCCUGCGUUCAACACAACUGUUCAGAUCCGUGCUCUUUUGUCGACUGCGGUUUAAAUACUAUUUGUUCCGUUUUGGAUCAUGCAGCUGGUUGUCAAUGCCAGCCUGGUUACAUUGGCGAUGCCUCAGGGUGCUUUAAAGUAGAAUGCCUUUCUAACAGUGACUGUCCAACGGAUAAAUAUUGUAACCAAGAGACCAAUAAAUGUAGCAGUCCUUGCAAUCAAGUAAACUGUGGAUAUGGUAAUUGCCUAGCUAUCGAUCACGUCAGCGUAUGUAAAUGCUAUUCUGGCUUUGUUCUUAUCGGCGACAUCUGCGCUGACGUUAACGAAUGUUUGCAAAAUCCUUGCCAUUCCUCAGCUAUAUGUCAGAAUGCGGAGGGAUCGUUCGCCUGUGUUUGUCCGCAUGGUUUAGUAGGGGAUCCAUUCAAAACGGGUUGUAAACAACCUGGUGACUGUUUCACGGAUUCAGAUUGUCCAAAUUCAGCCGCUUGUAUUGAUAACAGAUGCACUAAUCCAUGCGAUGCACCGGGCAUUUGCGGUAGAAAUGCAGAAUGCCUCGCACGUGAUCAUGUUCCGAUUUGUAGAUGUCCUGGACAAACUACAGGAAAUCCGGCAACGGAAUGUAUUCAUCUGGAAUGCAACUAUCACAGUGACUGCAGUCCAUCAGAUGCAUGCUUCGAUCAUAAGUGCGUUGAUCCCUGCUCUCUUUCGAACGUUUGCGGACACGGUGCUGACUGUUCAUCGCUUAAUCAUAGCGCGGUAUGCACCUGUCAACCUGGCGGCACAGGUGAUCCGAAUCUUGGGUGCACUCCGCUUCAAUAUUGCAAAAGUGAUUCACAGUGUGCAACCGGUUCAGUGUGUAACGGAGGGAUAUGCACAGCGCUUUGUGGAAGUACAAGAGAUUGCAUCGGCGAUCAACUCUGUAUUAAUGGUCUUUGUCAGCCUACUUGCAGAAGUAAUUCUAGCUGUCCAGAAUAUCAAUACUGCCAUAAUAAUAUAUGUGUUCAAGAAUUACGUUGUACGUCAGACAAUGACUGCUCAUACGACGAAAAAUGUAUUAAGAAUAAUAUUGGACAGGCGGAGUGUCGUAGAGCUUGCGAUGUAAUACUCUGUGGUCGUAACGCCGAAUGCAAAGCUGACGAUCAUGCCGCAACGUGUUCCUGUGAGCAUGGCUUCUUCGGAAACGCUAAAGACGACAAAAUUGGUUGUCAACCUAUUGAAUGUGAAGUUAAUGAUGACUGUACACAGGAGAAGAUCUGCGAUUCUCACAGAUGCAGAAUCGCUUGUCUUGCACAUAAUCCCUGUGGCGUGAAUGCUAUUUGUACAACAGAGAAACAUGUCCAGGUUUGUACAUGCCAACCUGGAUAUACAGGAGAACCUACUCGUGCUUGCAAGCUGAUAGAUUACUGCGCGAAUGCACCCUGUGCACCGGGCGCAUUGUGCGAAAACACGCGAGGACAUUUCAAGUGUCAUUGUCAACCUGGUACAGUCGGAGAUCCUUAUAACAGCGGCUGUCAACCGCCGGUAGAAUGUCUUCAGGACGUGGACUGUCCGUUAACUGCCAAAUGUGUCAACAUCAAUAAUAUACCAAAAUGUUUCGAUACUUGCGCACGUAUUCGGUGUGGUCCAAAUGCAGAUUGUGUCGCAAGCAAUCAUGCCGCGAGUUGUCAGUGUCGUGCCGAUUACGAAGGCGAUCCUAAUAAUCUAAGCGUGGGAUGUCGUCCGAGACCAGUAGUUUGCUCGUCACAAAUCGAUUGUUUGAUCAACACUUAUUGUUAUGAAGGCAUUUGUCGACCAUCUUGUCAAUCGGAUGAGGAAUGUAACUUGUCCGAUGUUUGCUUGAACGGGCAAUGCUUAGAUCAGUGCAGUGUAAGAGGAACAUGUGGCAUAAAUGCCGAAUGCAAAGUGAGAAGUCAUAUUAAACAGUGCAGCUGUCCACCAGGUUUUACCGGCAACUCCGAAGUAGAAUGCGUAAGACUACCAGUGUCAUGUCUCGGAAGCGGAGAUUGCAACGGAGACAACACCUGUCGCGAGAACGUUUGUUUACCGAUCUGCACUGUUGACAACGAUUGUGCAUUGAACGAGAAAUGCAUACGCGGCAAUUGCUUGUUGACUUGCCGGUUGGACAAUGAUUGCUUCUUGGGUCAUGUCUGUCUGAACAACAUGUGCUCGUUUGGUUGUCGUGCGGAUGAAGACUGCAAUGCAAAUGAGGCUUGUUUAGGAAACAAAUGCGUAAAUCCAUGUGAAGCUACGCCAUGCGGACCAAACGCCAAAUGUACUGUUUUCAAUCAGCGUGCUACGUGUUCCUGUUCUACCGGUUUUAUACCAAACCCAACUGCCAAAGUCGCGUGUCUGAGAACACCGGGCCCAAUAUGUCAGGCCAAUCGGGAUUGUAUUGUGGGCACAGCUUGUAUCGCUGGCGUUUGCACACCCGUCUGUUCAUCCAGCGCGAACUGCUUGAGCAAUGAGAGAUGUGACAACUCUGGCAUUUGCAAGUCACUUUGCAGACGGGACGAAGAUUGUAGAAGCGGCGAGAUUUGCGAGGGAUUAGUAUGCAUUUCCGGUUGCCGAGCGGACAUUGAAUGCCAGGACAGUUAUGAGUGUAUAAACAAUCAGUGUAUUGAUUCGUGCUCAUUGGCUAGCGCCUGCGGUGUAAACGCCAAAUGUACAAUCGUUAAUCAUCAAAAGAUAUGCACGUGUCCGUCGCCGUUGGUAGGAGAUGCUCGUAUUGGUUGCAAGCAGACGUUCCUUCCUUGCUCAUCUGAACUUGAAUGUUUACCAGGACAAACGUGUUACGGUAGAUCGUGCUAUUCCACGUGCAGAAGCGAUGCGAAUUGUUUGAGCGACGAACGUUGUGACGGUGGUAUUUGCAAAGCGAUAUGCAACAGCGAUGAUCAUUGCCUCGCAAAUCAAAUAUGUCACAAUCGCAUGUGUGAUAUUGGAUGUCGCAGUGAUAACACGUGUCCGAGCGAUGAGUCUUGUAUCAACAACCAAUGCAGAAGUCCAUGUGAUGGUGGCAAAGCGUGCGGAGAGUGUGCCGGUUGUCGAGUAGUCAGUCAUGUGGCUCAAUGCAGUUGUCCCGCAAAUUAUUAUGGUAAUGCGCUAAUUAAUUGUGCCAAGACCAUGACUCCCUGCGACGGCUCGUGUGAGUGCGACGAAAUUGGCUUUUGCACCACCAGCUGCCACCAUCAGAACGAUUGUUCUUGCGGCGAAGUCUGUCAUAGCGGUAAAUGUCGCAUCAAGUGCGACAUCAAUAACGCGUGUCCAAAGGGAUACGUAUGCGAUGGAGGUUUAUGCCUCAUUGGCUGUCGCACCCACUCCGACUGUCCGUCGUCAUUGUCAUGCACAAAUGGCCAGUGUGAGAAUCCAUGUUCCGCCCAGGGAUCGCCUUGCGGAAUAAAUGCACUUUGCCGUGUUUCGAGUCAUCGAGCGGUGUGCUUAUGUCCAGAAGGCUAUCAGGGUGAACCGAGUCAGGAGUGUUAUCAACUGGAGUGUCAUCACGAUGAUGAUUGCGAACUAAACAAACAUUGCAGCGAAUACGGUGUUUGCACAAAUCCGUGCUUACAGCAUGGCGUCUGUGGCUUCAAUGCGCAAUGUCGUGUGAUCAACAGGAAGGCACAAUGUUCUUGUCCGCCAGGACACUUUGGCAAUCCGAAGAUCAACUGCAAGAAAGGCAUCUCAGAUAGAGAUUUAGGAGACUGUCGAACGAAUGGAUGCGGGAAGAACGCCGAAUGCAUUAGAGAUGGAGCUAUAUUCGUUUGCCGAUGUCCACCAGGUACAAGCGGUUCGCCAGAUAUCGAAUGCACAACAGACGUGAAAUGUACAACGCACAACGACUGUCCCAUCCAAUUGGCUUGUGUAAAUCAUCAAUGCGUAAAUCCGUGCACUUUGGGCAAUCCAUGCGACUUCAUCGAAGCUUGCCAUGUUCAAUAUCAUAGGCCGGUUUGCGUUAAAGUGGAGUCCAACGAGGCAGAAUGUCCUUAUUGUCCACCUGGUAUGCAAUGCGAUCCAUCGACAAACACUUGCAUCAAAGCGGGUUGCACUAGCAACAAGGAUUGCCCUCUGACAGAAGCGUGCAUUGGGCACGCUUGCCAGGAACCCUGCCUAGUUCGAAAUCCCUGUGCGGAACAUGCUGUUUGUAUUAAUACAAAUCACGGAGCAGAUUGCAGUUGUGAAGAAGGCUAUCACGGAAAUGGAUUCUCUUAUUGCGAUUUGUUGGAAGAAACGAAGAAUAUUUGUCAAUAUAACGAAGACUGUCCUCCGAACAAAUACUGCGAUCGACUCAACAGACAGUGUAUUAAUCCUUGCGUCGAGUUUGAUUGCGGAGAUAAUGCGAAAUGCGUCUCCAGUAAUCAUCAAGCGCAAUGUACAUGCCUUCCAGGUUAUCAAGGAAAUCCUCACAUUGGCUGUCAGGAGAUAGUGCUGACUGUCGAUCCUUGCGUUCCAAAUCCGUGCGGUUUGAACGCUUUAUGCGAGAAUGACAAUGGAAAUCCCGUUUGUUUCUGUCCGAAAGGUCUAACUGGAAGUCCGUUCGAGCAGUGCAUUCCCGAAGGUGACCAAUGUGAAGGUGAUCCUUGCGGUGCUAAUUCAGGAUGUCGAGUGGUGAGUGGACAGGUGAAAUGCUUCUGUUUACCAGGAUAUGAAGGUCAUCCACCGAAUUUCCCCUGUACACUUCCUAGUAUCUCCUGUGAUCCUUCUCCAUGCGGUCCUAAUACUCGUUGCUCCGUGUUGGAUAAUGGCUUUGCGAAGUGUACCUGUCUAUCUGGCUACAUUGAAAGUCCUAAUACUAUUAGAGGAUGCGUGCCAAAAGCCGAUCAAUGUGAAUUUAAUCUGUGUGGUUUCGGAGCGAGAUGCAAUAGCACGAGAGUACCACCUUGUUACUGUCCAGAUCUCACAAUUGGAAAUCCAUACAAGAGUUGCGGAGUACGACCAGAAGAACCAUACGAUCCUUGUCUAUUAUCACCCUGUGGCAAAAACGCUAUUUGCACGGCAAUCGAUGGCAUAGCUAAAUGCACAUGUAUACCGCCAUUUGUCGGUAAUCCGUAUAUAGAUGGUUGCGAAGCCGAGUGCAUUAUUAAUCGGGAUUGCGAAAGUCAUCUGGCUUGUUUUAAUCAACACUGUAGAGAUCCAUGUCCAGGCGUAUGCGGCGCUAAUGCGCAUUGUGAAGUCGUCGAUCAUCUUCCUAUGUGUUCUUGUUUGCCAGGAUAUACCGGAGAUCCGUUUAGAGCCUGUAAAGUAGAGAAACCUCUAGUGCCAGAUCAGAAUCCGUGUAUGCCAUCGCCAUGCGGUCCACACAGUAUUUGCCGUGUAAUGAACGAUCGUGCAGUUUGUUCAUGUAGUCCAGGUUACCAAGGGACUCCGCCACAUUGCCGUCCGGAGUGUCUCGUUAGCACGGAAUGCCCGGCUCAUCUGGCUUGCAUUGAUCAAAAGUGUAAUGAUCCUUGCCCAGGAUUGUGUGGUUUGAACGCUGAUUGUCAAGUUAUCAAUCACAAUCCAAUUUGUAGUUGUCCUCGUCAAUAUGCUGGCGAUCCAUUCACGCAAUGCGUUAAAGAAGAACCUUUACCGCCAACAACGAAUCCUUGUUUGCCAUCGCCUUGCGGGCCUAAUGCUGAUUGUCGGGUUCAAGAGGAUCAUCCGAUAUGCACAUGUAUCAGUGGCAUGUUUGGAGCGCCGCCAAAUUGUAGGCCAGAGUGUGUGAUUGAUCAGGACUGUAUUAGCUCCUUAGCUUGUAUUCAAAAGAAAUGUUUAGAUCCAUGUGUUGGAUCGUGCGGAUUUAACACGAAUUGUACGGUGUUGAAUCAUCGACCUAUUUGUCAUUGUUAUGAAGGCUAUGAAGGAGAUCCUUUCUCAGGUUGCGCCAAAGCUGUUUUCCCAGUGCAAUUACCGUGCGAUCCUUCGCCGUGCGGUACGAAUGCUGUAUGUAAAGAACGUAACGGCGCGGGAUCUUGCACUUGUUUACCUGAUUAUACUGGUGAUCCCUACGAGGGUUGCAGACCGGAAUGUGUUCAGAAUUCAGAUUGCGCUCAUACGAAGGCUUGUAUUAACAACAAGUGCAAGGAUCCAUGUGUGGGAGCGUGCGGAAUUAAUGCGCAAUGCCAAGUUUAUAAUCAUCAACCAUCUUGUAGUUGUCUCUCUGGUUAUACCGGAGACCCUCUUACGUCUUGCCAUAUACCAAUAAAACCUUCAGCACCGGGCGAUACGUGCCAACCAUCUCCCUGUGGACCGUAUAGCAACUGCCGCGUUAUUGAUAAUCACGCAGUGUGCUCCUGUCAACCUAAUUACAUCGGUAGUCCACCGUCAUGUCGGCCAGAAUGCGUAGUCAGUACGGACUGUAGUCCAAACACGGCGUGUAUCAAUCAAAGAUGUAAGGAUCCAUGUCUAGGCACAUGCGGUGUGAAUGCAGACUGCCGAGUGAUUAAUCAUAAUCCAGUCUGCAUCUGCGCGAUUGGCUAUAGCGGAGAUCCGUUCUUUGAAGUAACACCUUUACCGAAACCAAGCGGCAAUCCUUGCGUCCCUUCGCCGUGUGGACCGAAUUCCCAAUGUCGGGUGAUUGACGGCUUCCCGGCAUGCUCGUGUUUACCGAAUUACGUUGGUCGCGCACCAAAUUGCCGUCCCGAGUGUGUCAUAAAUGAAGGAUGUCCCGGAAAUUUGGCGUGCCAAAACGAACAGUGCGUGGACCCGUGUCCAGGUUCUUGCGGCGUAAACACGUAUUGCAAUGUCGUAAAACACAAUCCCGUCUGUAUCUGUAACGAGGGUUACACGGGUGAUCCAUUUACGGAAUGUAUACCAAUCGUAGAAGCGCCUAUUACAACAGAGCAACCACGCACGCCGUGUAAUCCAUCGCCAUGCGGUGCCAACGCAGUGUGCAACGAGCGAAACGGAGUCGGAUCUUGCACAUGUCUACCGCAAUACUUUGGCGACCCAUACAUUGCUUGCAGACCAGAAUGUGUGACUAACGCCGACUGCGACCGCAGUAAGGCCUGUCUGAACAAUAAAUGUGUUAAUCCAUGUCCUGGUACUUGCGGCCAAGAUGCCACUUGCCGCGUGGUCAAUCAUGCCCCGAUGUGCUCUUGCCUGCCGGGUUAUACCGGUGAUCCGGUAAACGGCUGUACCAUCAUCAUCGUGACGCCGUUGCCCGUGCCAAUUGAUCCUUGUGAUCCAUCGCCAUGUGGACCCAACAGCAACUGUCGAACGCACGACGGACACGCAGUGUGCCUCUGCCAACCAGGAUUCUCUGGAGUUCCGCCCACCUGCCGACCGGGUUGCAUUGUCAGUUCUGAAUGUCCACAGAACAGAGCGUGCAUUAAUAACAAGUGUGCGGAUCCGUGUCCAGGUUCUUGUGGACAGAACACGAAUUGCCUUACGGUGAAUCACAAUCCUAUAUGUAGCUGCGCCAGUGGUUACUCCGGCGAUCCCUUCGUUCAUUGCACCAGGAUCAGCACUACGUCGCCGUCGCCGAAGGGAGAAGGAGACCCUUGUCUACCGAAUCCAUGCGGCCCGAACUCUCAGUGCAGAGUGAUAGGCUCUCAUCCAGCAUGUUCUUGCUUACAAAACUACAUCGGCCGUCCACCGAAUUGUAGACCUGAGUGCACCGACAACUCGGAAUGCUUUAAUACCGCAGCGUGCAUUAAUCAAAGAUGCAAGAAUCCCUGCCCUGGCGCUUGCGGCGAGAUUGCCAGAUGCACAGUGCAAAAUCACGUUCCAAUUUGUAUCUGUCCGGAAGGAUAUGAGGGUGAUCCCACUGUGCGCUGCGUCCUAGCAUCUCCACCAGCGACAGAUAGGACCGUGUCGAAUCCGUGCUCGCCGAAUCCUUGCGGUCCCAACGCGCAAUGUCGUGAAAGAAACGGAGCAGGUGCCUGCGGAUGUCCACCAGAUCUAAUAGGCGAUCCGUAUGAUAUCAUUAAGGGAUGUCACAGGGAAUGCGAAACGAACAAUGACUGCGCACCGCAGUUGGCGUGUGUUGGUUUCAAAUGCACAGAUCCGUGUCCCAAUACUUGUGGAACGUUAUCUAUUUGUAACGUACAAGCUCACGUUCCUGUCUGCCUGUGUCCACCAGGAUAUACUGGAGAUCCAUAUUUCGCUUGCGAAAUUGAGGAGAUGAUAAAAACAUUAGAACCAUGUUCUCCAUCACCUUGUGGACCUAAUAGUAAAUGCCGAGUUGUCAACGAUCAACCUGUAUGCACCUGUUUACCAGAGUACAGGGGUAUUCCACCGUCGUGCAGACCAGAAUGUAUCGUUAAUGCUGAGUGUCCCCUGCAUCUAGCAUGUAUAAAUAAAAAAUGUGUAGAUCCUUGCCCGAAUAUCUGUGGAUUGAAGGCACAAUGUAUUACCAAAAACCACAAUCCAAUUUGCACCUGCCCUGCCGGUUUUACAGGAGAUCCUUUCACUUUCUGCUCGCCACAUGUUAUUACCGAAAUCCCGAUAACUGAACGGCCACCAUCUUGCACUCCAUCGCCUUGCGGUCCAAAUUCCUUGUGUCAAAUAUUAUCUGGUAAUCCUGCUUGCUCUUGCCUGCCAAAUUACAUUGGUGUACCGCCGCAGUGCCGACCGGAAUGCAUCUUAAGCACCGAAUGUAAGAGCCACCUCGCAUGUGUCAAUCAGAGAUGUGCGGAUCCUUGCCCAGGCUCGUGUGGAAUAAACGCUCAAUGUCACGUAUUAAAUCAUCUGCCAGUUUGCACGUGUAUGGAAGGUUUCACCGGAGAUCCAUUUACGCAAUGCAGCAUUAUUCCACCAGUUACAGAAUCACCAUCCACGGACCCUUGUGCGCUAUCCCCAUGUGGUCCGAACGCCAUAUGCGAUAAUGGUGAUUGCAGAUGCUUGCCCGAAUACAUCGGUAAUCCUUAUGAGGCCUGUCGUCCCGAAUGUAUUCUUAAUUCGGAAUGUGCCCGCGAUAAAACUUGUCUGAAGAACAAAUGCAAGGAUCCUUGUCCCGGAAUAUGCGGCCAAAACGCGCAGUGCGACAUAGUCAAUCACAUUCCUGUCUGCUCUUGUCCAUCUGGAUAUAUUGGCGAUCCAUUCGUUAGCUGCCGUGUUCAACCUAGAGUACCAGAUUCUCGAAAAGAUCCGUGCACGCCUUCGCCCUGCGGACCGAACAGUCAGUGUCGUAAUGUCGAAGAUCACGCUGUGUGCUCCUGUCUUCAAGGCUACCUUGGUUCUCCACCAUCCUGCAGACCAGAGUGUCUCGUUAGUUCUGAAUGUCCGCCAACGCGAGCCUGCGUAAACAAAAAAUGCACAGAUCCAUGUCUGGGUUCCUGUGGCCUGAAUGCGAGAUGUGAAGUGAUCAAUCACUCGCCAAUAUGCAGUUGUUUACCUGGACAAACUGGAGAUCCGUUCAGAAGUUGUUACGAUAUUCCACUACCACCAGAACCUAAAGACCGGGGCGAUCCUUGCAAUCCUUCGCCAUGCGGACCAAACGCACUUUGUCAGAACACAAAUGGACAACCGUCAUGUUCGUGUCUGCCCACUUACAUUGGCACUCCGCCAUCAUGUCGACCAGAAUGUUUGAUCAAUCCUGAUUGUUCGCCGGAAAAAUCCUGCAUAAACAUGAAAUGUAAAGAUCCCUGUCCGGGAUCCUGUGGGGACAACGCUGAGUGUAAAGUGGUGAAUCACGCAGUAACUUGUUCGUGUAAACUCGGCUACACGGGUAAUCCGUUCGUGCAAUGCGUGCUAGAAGAGGAACCGAUGAACCCUUGUGAGCCUUCACCGUGCGGAGCUAACGCAAUCUGUCAGCAACGAGAUAAUGCUGGCGCUUGCAUAUGUAUCGAUGAUUAUCAAGGAAAUCCUUACGAGGGAUGUCAACCGGAAUGCGUCCUCAGUGCGGAUUGCUCUACGAAUAAGGCUUGCGUUCGCAACAAAUGCAAGGAUCCUUGCCCAGGUGUGUGCGGCAUUCGAGCACAGUGUUCAGUGAUCAAUCACAUUCCCACGUGUACUUGUGAACCUGGAUACGUCGGAGAUCCAUUUACAACUUGCACUCUACAACCGGAGGUGGAUACCGAGCCUACUGUAAGAGAUCCAUGCUCUCCUUCACCCUGUGGACCGAAUAGCUUGUGCCGCGCUGUAAACAAUCAAGCCGUGUGCACAUGUCAAGAGUCUUUCGUUGGUGUGCCACCAAAUUGCAAGCCGGAAUGUGUCGUCAAUUCAGAAUGUCCGCAAAAUAGAGCCUGUUAUAAAUACAAAUGUACUGAUCCGUGCCCCGGCACAUGUGGAAUUGAAGCCAAUUGUCGUGUUAUUAAUCACAAUCCACUCUGCAGUUGUCCGCAAGGAAAAACGGGCGAUCCCUUCUCUAGAUGUUUCCCUGAACCUGUUGUGCCGCUACCACCGGUGGAUCCUUGCUUCCCUAGCCCAUGUGGACUCUACGCGGAGUGCAAAGUAGUCAAUAAUCAAGCUGCAUGCACUUGUUUGAAAAAUUACAUAGGAAUACCGCCCAAUUGCCGUGCAGAGUGCGUAGUUAAUACAGAUUGUCCAUCGGAUCAAGCUUGCAUCUCUGAAAAAUGUCGCGAUCCCUGCAUUGGUUCCUGCGGUCAAAAUGCUGAUUGUCGAGUACAGAAUCACAUACCAGUUUGCUUGUGUCAACCUGGAUAUUCCGGCGAUCCUUUCACAUUGUGUACAGUAAUUAGAGAACAACCAAAGAUUCCCGAAGAUUUGUGCAGUCCGUCACCUUGCGGACCCAACACAGAAUGUAACGAAGGUGUAUGCAGGUGCUUGCCUAAUUACUUUGGGGAUCCAUACUCGUAUUGUCGGCCAGAAUGUACAAUGAAUUCAGAUUGUCCUCGUGUUAAAACUUGCAUCAAUCAAAACUGCGUGGAUCCUUGCCCAGACACAUGCGGUCGUGAUGCACGUUGCGACGUUGUUAAUCACGUUCCAAUGUGCAGUUGUCCGCCUGGUUACACUGGAAAUCCAUUUCUUUUAUGCCGACCACAUAUACCAGAUGAUACCAUUAAACAGCCUUGCACACCUUCGCCUUGUGGACCAAACAGCAUCUGCAAAGUCGUGAAUAAUCAUGCUGUAUGUUCUUGUCAACCUGGUUUAAUUGGCAGUCCACCCGCCUGCAAACCAGAAUGCGUUAUUAGCGCUGAUUGUCCAUUGACACAAGCGUGUCUAAAUAAUAAAUGCCAAGAUCCAUGUCCAGGCACGUGCGGACAGAAUACGAACUGUCAAGUGGUUAAUCAUAAUCCAAUAUGUAGCUGCUCUGAAUCUUACACAGGCGAUCCCUUCACAAUAUGUUAUCCACAACCAAAAACACCACCUGCACCAAUGAAUCCGUGUCUGCCAUCGCCUUGCGGUCCAAACGCAGAGUGUCAAGUGAGGGGUGACAGUCCUGCGUGCUCGUGUAUCGAAAAUUAUGUUGGUUUGCCGCCCAAUUGUCGACCGGAGUGCACGAUUAAUCCUGAGUGUCCGCCGCAGUUAGCUUGUAUGCAACAAAAGUGUCGCGAUCCGUGUGUCGGUUUGUGCGGUCCGAACGCUCAGUGCUCGGUAGUGAAUCACCACGCGGUUUGUGCAUGCAUCAACGGAUACACCGGAAAUCCAUUCAGCGCUUGUGAACAAGUACCCGAGGAUACACCCCUAGACAUUAGAAAACCAUGCGAGCCUUCCCCUUGUGGCAUCAAUGCCGUCUGCCGUGAGAACAAUGGCGUUGGCUCGUGCACCUGUCUGCCGGACUACCUAGGUGACCCUUACCAAGAAUGCAGACCCGAGUGCACGCAAAAUUCUGACUGUUUGACAAGAAUGGCGUGCGUGAGCUUGAAAUGCAGAGACCCUUGCCCAGGAACAUGUGGAGUGAAUGCUCAAUGUCAAUCGGUUAAUCAUCUGCCGAUUUGUAUUUGCAUUCCCGGUUAUACCGGCAACCCUUUUACGCUCUGUUCCCCAAUAGUUGAAAUCCUACUGCCAGAAACAAAUCCGUGCAGCCCAUCUCCCUGUGGACCAAAUAGUAAAUGCCGAGACAUAAAUGGCCUUGCCGUUUGCACUUGCCUCCCGAAUUUUAUCGGCAGCUCUCCCAACUGUCGAGCUGAAUGCGUAAUGAACAGCCAAUGCUCUCAAGAUCUUGCUUGCAUCAAUCAGAAAUGUAUAUCACCUUGCCCGGACCCAUGUGGUAUAAACACACAAUGCAGAGUAAUCGGUCAUAGCCCCAUCUGCAUCUGCAAUCUCGGUUAUACCGGAGAUCCUUUUACGAGAUGUUUCCCCGCUCCACAAUCGCUAGAUUUUCCUGUAGUCUCCAAAGAUCCCUGUUUACCGUCUCCAUGCGGCAUAUAUGCGGAGUGUAGGAAUAUUGGUAGUACACCAUCAUGCUCCUGUCUUCCGACCUACAGAGGAUCACCACCAAAUUGUCGCCCUGAAUGUCGCGUAAAUUCCGAAUGCCCGAUGAAUCUCGCUUGCAACAAUGAGAGAUGCAGAGAUCCUUGUUUAGGCUCCUGCAGCAUCUCUUCAUUGUGCACAGUCUACAAUCAUAUACCUGUGUGUACUUGUCCCGAAGGAUUUACUGGCGAUCCUUUCACUAAUUGUUAUCCCAGACCAACAAUGGCACCUGCAGUUAUCGACCCUUGUAAUUUGAACCCUUGUGGACCGAAUGCACGAUGCAAUAAUGGCAUCUGCAUAUGUCUGCCUGAAUACCAAGGUGAUCCUUACGUGGGUUGCCGUCCCGAGUGUGUCAUGAAUACUGAUUGCACCCACGAUCGUGCGUGUGUGCGCAACAAAUGCAUGGAUCCCUGCCCGGGCACGUGCGGUCGAAAUGCAUUAUGUUCCGUAUACAAUCAUGUACCUAUGUGCACCUGUCCGACCGGAAUGGCCGGCAAUGCCUUUGUUCAAUGUUCCAUAGUCGAAGAUAUCCCGAAAAGAGAUUCCUGCUCACCCUCGCCCUGUGGACCCAACAGUGUUUGCCGAGAAAACAACGGGCAACCUGUGUGCUCAUGUGUGGCAGGUUUUCUUGGUGUUCCGCCAACAUGCAGACCGGAAUGUACUGUCAGUUCUGAGUGUAUUCUGACAGAAGCGUGUAGCAAUCAAAAAUGCAUAAAUCCUUGUCUCGGUGCAUGCGGAAUUCAAGCUACAUGUCAAGUAAUCAAUCAUAAUCCCAUAUGUAGCUGCGGAGAACUCACUGGAGAUCCAUUUAUUCGGUGUAUUUCACGACCACUCGAACCCGUGUUGCAAACAAAUCCCUGUGUGCCAUCUCCUUGUGGGGCAAAUGCUGAGUGUCGGGUUGUAGGCGAUGCUCCCUCAUGUUCAUGUCUAGCUGGAUUCUUGGGUUUGCCACCAUAUUGUAGACCCGAGUGCAUUAGCAAUAGUGAAUGCCCUGCUCAUUUAGCGUGUAUGAAUCAGAAAUGUAGGGAUCCUUGCGAAGGUUCCUGCGGAGCUAACGCCGAAUGUCGUGUAGUGAGUCAUACACCCAUGUGUGUUUGUCCUAGCGACUUCACCGGCGAUCCAUUUACACAGUGUACCAUGAGACCACCCACACCAAUCCCACUAUCACCUUGUAAACCGUCACCCUGUGGCUUUAAUGCAAUUUGCAAGGAACAAUUUGGUGUCGGAUCCUGUUCUUGCUUACCAGAUUAUGUCGGCAAUCCUUACGAAGGAUGUCGACCAGAAUGCGUGGUUGAUACAGAUUGCAUAUCUAUUCUUGCUUGCGUACAAUCAAAGUGCAGAGAUCCAUGUCCUGGUGUUUGUGGACAAUUUGCCGAAUGUCAAGUUAUCAAUCAUCGACCAUCUUGCACAUGUAUUUCCGGUUAUAGUGGCAAUCCCUUCCAAUACUGUACUGUAAUACGCGAUGUCGUCGAUACUCCGAGAGAUGUUUGUAAUCCGUCGCCUUGUGGACCCAACAGCCAGUGUCGUGUUAAUAAUAAUCAAGCAGUCUGUUCUUGCCUACCGAUUUUUAUCGGUAAUCCACCUGCAUGUCGCCCUGAAUGCGUGACAAGUUCGGAUUGUUCCCUCAAUCUUGCUUGUUUGAAUCAAAAGUGCCAAGAUCCCUGUCCUGGCUCUUGCGGCAGAAAUUCGAAUUGCAGAGUCAUCAAACAUAAUCCGAUUUGCUCUUGCAAGAACGGUUUUACCGGUGAUCCAUUUACUGUUUGCUUCCAGACACCUGUGAGUCCGCCUGUUGUAAGUGAUAUUACGAGAGAUCCGUGCAUACCAUCACCUUGUGGCAUGUUUUCCGAAUGUCACGAUAUAGGAGGAGUACCAUCAUGUUCUUGUUUACCAACAUACAGAGGCAGUCCGCCAAAUUGUAAACCAGAAUGCACAAUUAAUGCAGAGUGCCCAGCUAAUAUGGCUUGCAUGCAGCAAAGAUGUAAAGAUCCCUGUCCAGGUUCAUGCGGCAUCAUGGCCGAAUGUAGUGUCAUAAAUCACGUACCGAUUUGUUCGUGUUUGCCCGAUUACACUGGCGAUCCUUUCAUCGGAUGUUCCGUAAAACCACUCAUUGUUGCCCCUUCUAAACCGGACCCGUGCACACCUUCGCCUUGCGGACCUAAUACGCAAUGUAAUGGAGGAAUUUGCGUUUGUAUAGCAGAAUAUUUUGGGGAUCCUUAUAGCGGUUGUCGACCAGAAUGCGUAUUGAAUAACGAUUGUCCGAAUACGCAAGCGUGCGUACGAAAUAAAUGCGUGGAUCCUUGUCCAGGUGUUUGCGGCCAAAAUGCUAUGUGCAAUGUGUACAAUCAUGUUCCUAUGUGUACUUGUCCCUCGGGAAUGGAUGGAAAUGCUUUCGUCCUAUGUUCUCCCGUGCCAGCACCACCCAUUAGUAACCCAUGUAAUCCGUCUCCGUGUGGUCCGAAUAGUCAAUGCCGAGAAAAUAAUAUGCAGGCUGUAUGUAGUUGCAUAAGUGGAUUUGUCGGCGCGCCUCCGACUUGCAGGCCCGAAUGUGUAAUUAGCUCAGAUUGCCCAAAGAAUGAAGCAUGCACCAAUCAAAAAUGUCAGGACCCUUGUCCGGGAAGUUGCGGUCGCAACUCAGUCUGCAACGUCAUUAAUCACAAUCCUAUUUGCGUCUGCCGUUCUGGGAUGACCGGAGAUCCGUUUAUUAAUUGUUUCCCCCUUCCUGAGGAUCCAUUACCUGUGCUUAAUCCUUGUCAACCAUCACCGUGUGGACCAAACGCACAAUGCCAAGUGAUUAAUGAUCAACCCUCUUGCUCAUGCUUGCAAGAAUUUAUUGGAUCACCCCCGAACUGUCGGUCUGAGUGUAUCAGCAAUAGCGAAUGCUCGAACAAAAUGGCUUGCAUCAAUCAAAAAUGUCGCGAUCCGUGCAUUAAUGCAUGCGGCAUCAAUGCCGUUUGCAAUGUUGUUAGUCACACACCGAUGUGCGCAUGCACCCCCGGUUACACUGGUGAUCCGUUUACGCAAUGUUCUCCCCAACAAUUCGACAUACAGCCUAGCAUAUCCACGCCAUGCACACCAUCUCCGUGUGGUGCAAAUGCAGUAUGCAGAGUUCAGCAAAAUGCUGGUUCUUGCUCGUGCUCGACCGAUUAUAUUGGCAAUCCUUAUGAAGGGUGCAGACCUGAGUGUACACUCAAUUCCGACUGUCCGUCCAAUCAAGCAUGUAUUGGUUUAAAAUGUAAAGAUCCAUGUCCAGGAACAUGCGGCCAAAACGCGCAAUGCUACGUGAUUAAUCAUGCACCAACUUGUACUUGCUUCGAGCGGUACACGGGAAAUCCAUUCAUAUUCUGCAAUCUUAUUGUUGAAGCCCCGGUUAUAGCAGAUAACGUUAAUCCUUGUCAACCAUCCCCUUGCGGACCAUAUAGUCAAUGUAGAGAAAGCAACGGCCAAGCUGUUUGCUCUUGUUUACCGACUUAUAUCGGCGCACCACCUGGUUGUAGACCCGAAUGUACAAUUAGCACAGAUUGUGCGACAAAUCGAGCUUGCGAAAAUAAUAAGUGUGUUGAUCCUUGUCCCAACUCUUGCGGUCAAGGCACGACGUGUAGAGUCGUAAACCAUAGUCCAAUAUGCAUUUGCAAACCCGGAUUCAGCGGUGAUCCAUUCAUACGCUGCCUAUUUGUACCACCUACUCCGAGUUACUUACCAAGCCUACCCUCAGACCCUUGCAUACCCUCACCUUGCGGAUCUAAUUCGCAAUGUCGCAACGUCAACGGUUAUCCAUCUUGUUCUUGUAUGAUUAAUUACAUUGGUACACCACCAAAUUGUCGUCCCGAAUGCGUUAUUCCUGCCGAUUGUCCGAGCAAUCAAGCUUGUAUUCGUGAGAGAUGCCAAGAUCCCUGUCCAGGUUCUUGUGGUCUGAAUGCCGAUUGUACUGUUCAUAAUCAUAUUCCAAUCUGCAGAUGUAUAGAAAGUUAUACUGGUGAUCCAUUUAUUGGUUGUCAGCCUGUACCGAUCUACAACGAGCCAACACAGCCAACUGAUCCAUGCAAUAGAUCACCUUGUGGACCAAACGCUCAAUGCAACAAUGGUAUUUGUAUUUGUUUACCUGAAUAUUUUGGUGAUCCAUACGUUGGCUGUCGACCAGAAUGCGUACUUAGUACAGAUUGCUCAACCGACAAGGCAUGCAUACGAAACAGAUGUGUCGAUCCUUGUCCUGGUACGUGUGGACAAAACAGUUUAUGCAAUGUAAUAAAUCAUACACCGAUGUGCAGUUGUCCCCCUGGUACUUCUGGAAACGCAUUCAUUUCUUGUGAUGUAAUAAGAGUCCCUUCCGUGACAAGACCAUGCAGCCCGAAUCCUUGUGGUCCAAACAGCAUAUGUAGAGAAUUAAAUGAACAAGCUGUGUGUACUUGUGCACCAGAGUUUCUCGGUGCACCACCUCUCUGCCGACCCGAAUGUACCCUUAGUUCUGACUGUCGGCCGAACGAAGCUUGCGCUAAUCAAAAAUGCAAAAAUCCUUGCCCCGGUACAUGCGGCAUCCAAGCAAGAUGCGUAGUCGUCAAUCACAACCCUGUUUGCUCGUGCCCCGAGCGCUACACAGGCGAUCCAUUUAUCAGAUGCGAUAUUAUGAAACCAAUAGCACCUGUAGUAAUAAACCCUUGUCAGCCUUCGCCCUGUGGUCCGUACGCUCAGUGCCAGGUCGUUAACGAUUUGCCAUCCUGCUCGUGUCUAUCUGAAUACAGAGGCUCUCCCCCGUAUUGUCGACCUGAAUGUAUUUCAAAUCCUGAGUGCCCCAGCCAUCAAAGUUGUGUGCGACAAAAAUGCAGGGAUCCCUGCCCAGGUUUAUGCGGGGAAAAUGCGGAAUGUCAUGUGAUACAACACGUGCCCCAUUGUGUCUGUUCCUACGGUCUCACCGGUGAUCCGUAUACGCGUUGCUCUGCGAUACCACGCCCAAUAGAACUGGAACCAGUAUCCUCGCCUUGCAUAAACUUUGAAUGUGGUGCGAAUGCGAUAUGUAGAGAGCGAGAUAGUAUCGCAAUAUGUCAGUGUAUCUCUAGCUAUGUCGGUAAUCCGUACUUAGCGUGUCGACCCGAAUGCAUUAUUAAUCCUGAUUGUGCAUCCAAUUUGAUGUGCGUAAGAAACAAGUGCACCAAUCCUUGCGCCGGUAUGUGCGGUCGAAACGCCGAGUGCUCGGUCGUUAAUCAUCAACCGAUAUGCACAUGUCUUCCUGGAUAUACCGGAGAUCCUUUCAUUUCUUGUUCUAUAGACAAAAUAAUCUCCGAUGAGAACGUUUGCGCCCCAUCACCCUGUGGACCCAACAGCAAAUGCAAAGAAGUAUCCGGACAGGCUGUCUGUUCAUGCCUUCCGACAUACAUUGGAACCCCACCUGCAUGUAGACCUGAAUGUGUCGCUAGCUCAGAGUGUUCCCCACAAUUAGUGUGCAAGGACUACAAAUGCGUGAACCCCUGCCCAAGUCCAUGCGGACUCAAUACUAAUUGUGUGGUCGUUAAUCAUAGCCCCAUCUGUAGUUGUAUGUCCGGUUACAGCGGAGAUCCAUUUACCAUAUGCUCUUUAAUUCCACCUAUAACACCACCACUAGUACAGAAAGACCCUUGCGUGCCAUCCCCGUGUGGUAGCUUCUCUCAAUGCAGAAAUAUCGGUGGUUCUCCCGCGUGUACCUGCUUGGAAAAUUAUAUUGGUCAACCACCGAAUUGCAGACCUGAAUGUACCAUACACUCAGAAUGUCCGAGUGAUAAGGCCUGUAUCAAUAUGAAAUGUGUGGAUCCAUGUCCCGGAUCGUGUGGCACCAAUGCUCUGUGUUCGGUUAUUAACCAUAUUCCCACGUGCAGAUGUCCCGAGGGAUAUACUGGAAAUACAUUUGUUCUUUGCGAGAUAUUGCCAGCAAUAACGACUCCAUCCCCGAUCGAAGAUGCCUGCGUUCCGUCACCCUGUGGUCCUAACGCGCAAUGUUUUGACGGUAUCUGUACUUGUCUACCGGAAUUCCGAGGAGAUCCGAAUGUAGGUUGUCGACCAGAAUGCGUCCUAAAUGCGGAUUGUCCCCGCGAUAGAGCGUGUAUACGUAACAAAUGCCUGGAUCCAUGCCCUGGAGCUUGUGCUGUUAACGCAUUAUGCACCGUGAUCGGUCACAUUCCCAUGUGCAGUUGCCCUGGAAAUAUGACUGGCAAUGCAUUUAGCCAAUGUACACCUCUACAAGACAUACCACUUGCUAAUCCGUGCAUCCCUUCACCUUGCGGACCGAAUAGUGAAUGCCGUGUUAUAAAUAAUCAGGCGGUUUGCUCCUGUAUAAAAGGAUAUUUAGGAAGUCCUCCGACCUGCAGGCCCGAAUGCAUAGUCAGCACGGAUUGCUCCCAGAAUGAAGCUUGUAGCAAUCAAAAAUGUACGAAUCCUUGUCCUGGAAGUUGUGGAUUAGGCGCAUCCUGUCAAGUAGUGAAUCAUAAUCCGAUUUGCAUUUGUCCACCCUCUCAAACGGGUGAUCCUUUUGUUAGAUGCUAUUUAUCACCACCUCAAAUACCUGUGUUACCCCUCACACCAUGCAAGCCAAACCCGUGCGGUCCCAAUUCGCAAUGUCAACCACGCGGCGAUGAAUCUGUAUGCACGUGUUUGCCCGAUUUUAUUGGCAGUCCGCCAAAUUGCAGAGCAGAGUGCGUUAGUAACAGUGAAUGUUCUAAUCAUUUAGCUUGUAUUAAUAUGAAAUGUCGGGACCCAUGCAUUGGUUCCUGCGGUGCGAACGCUAAUUGUCACGUUGUCAGUCACACCCCGAUGUGUUCUUGUAUAAAUGGUUAUACCGGUGAUCCAUUUACUCAAUGUAUCUUAAGAGAACCCACACCAUUGCCGCCUGCACCAAUUGAUCCUUGCAAUCCUUCCCCUUGUGGUUCUAAUGCGAUGUGCAAGGAAUUCAACGGUGCCGGUUCAUGUACAUGUUUGCCGAAUUACACCGGUAACCCGUACGAAGGAUGCAGGCCGGAAUGUGUCUUAAAUUCGGAUUGCCCUGCCAACUUAGCUUGUGUAAAUAUGAAAUGUAGAGAUCCAUGCCCGGGAUCGUGCGGGCGCAAUGCAUUAUGCCAGGCUGUUAAUCAUUUGCCAGUAUGCAAUUGUUAUCCUAGAUAUACCGGCGAUGCCUUUUCAUAUUGUACUCCGAUAGAAAUAGAAGGAGAAAAUGCUGUGAGUAAUCCUUGUGAACCGUCACCAUGUGGACCUAACAGCUUAUGUCGCGUUGUGGAUAGUACGAGCGUUUGUACUUGUUUACCUGAUUUCCAAUGGGUAGCCAGCCCACCAAAUUGUCGCGCUGAGUGCACUGUUAGUGCUGAAUGCGCUUUCAAUCUAGCAUGCAUCUCAUAUAAAUGUAACGACCCUUGUCGUACAUUGUGCGGUUCCAACGCAAGAUGCGAAACGAUUAAUCAUAAUCCCAUUUGCUCGUGCCCAUCUAGUUUUACCGGUGAUCCAUUCGUUGCCUGCUUUGAAAUACCAUCUAAAGAUGAAGAACCUCGUCCACUUGUGAACCCUUGCGUACCUUCACCUUGCGGACCUUAUUCAGAAUGCCGUGACAUUAACGGUCAAGCAUCUUGUGCUUGUUUGUCAACAUAUAUAGGAACACCACCCAAUUGCAGACCCGAAUGUUCAGUUAAUCCAGAAUGCCCGACUAAUCAAGCGUGUAUACAGAGAAAGUGUCGAAAUCCUUGCGAUGGAGUUUGUGGAGUAGGAGCAAUUUGUAACAUCAUUCGUCACACACCCACAUGUUCUUGUUCCAGUGGAUUCACUGGGGAUCCAUUUGUAAUGUGUAGACCAAUUCCCGAAGAAGAUACAACACUCAAACCGACAGAUCCGUGCUUAAAUUGCGGUGCGAAUACGCAAUGCUUUAACGGUAUAUGCAGUUGCCUUCCCGAAUAUCAAGGAAAUCCAAACUUUGGAUGUCAUCCAGAAUGUAUUCUAAAUUCAGACUGCCCAAGACACCGGGCUUGCAUUAAGAACAAAUGUCAAGAUCCGUGUGGUCUUGGAAUUUGCGGUGUCAAUGCCUUGUGUUCUGUCAUAAAUCACAUACCAGUUUGCACUUGUGCACAGAGGAUGUCUGGCAACGCGUUUGUACAGUGCUCCCCAAUAGCUGACACGAUACCAAAAGAUCCAUGUAAUCCAUCACCUUGUGGACCGAAUAGUCAGUGCCGAAAGAUAAAGGAACAAGCUGUCUGUUCGUGUCUCCCUGGAUACUUGGAUGCACCACCUAAUUGCCGAGCGGAAUGCAUUAUUAGUUCCGACUGCCUCGCUAACAGGGCUUGCAAUAAUCAAAAAUGUAUAGAUCCCUGCCCUGGAACGUGCGGUAUUAGAGCCCAAUGUACUGUAGUUAACCACAAUCCGAUUUGUUCUUGUUCCUCUGAGUUAACCGGAGAUCCCUUCACUCAGUGUAUUCCAAGACCGAUAGAAUCUCCAACGCCCAUUAAUCCCUGCGUUCCAUCUCCAUGUGGACUUAAUAGUAAAUGCGAAGUUGUAAACAACGCAUACUCCUGCUCUUGCUUGCCAGAGUUUAUUGGCAAUCCACCAAAUUGUAGACCCGAAUGCGUUAGCAAUAGUGAAUGUUCUAUACAGCUAGCGUGCAUCAAUCAAAAGUGUCACGAUCCAUGUCCGGGUUCCUGCGGUAUUAAUUCUGAUUGUCGAGUAAUAAGUCACACACCUAUGUGUGUUUGCCUUAUCGGAUUUGAAGGAGAUCCAUUUGUACUAUGUAAUCCCAAGCAAAGCGACGUUAUAAAUGCUGUAAAACCAACACCUUGUAUUCCGUCACCAUGUGGUUUUAAUGCGGUAUGCCGUGAAUCGAAUGGUGUUGGUUCUUGCAUGUGUCUAUCAGAUUAUACAGGCAAUCCAUACGAAGGUUGUCGACCCGAGUGUACGAUAAACUCCGAUUGCACCUCAGAUCGAGCGUGCGUCGGAUCGAAGUGUCAGAAUCCUUGUCCAGGUUUUUGCGGAUAUAAUGCGAUUUGCCAAGUAGUGAAUCACGCGCCGUUGUGCACAUGUCAACCUGGAUACAGUGGCAACCCGUUCGUCUCUUGUAACAGAAUUGUACAAGAUACGUCAUUAGAACUUAAUCCAUGCAGCCCUUCUCCUUGUGGACUUAAUAGUCAGUGCCGUGAAUUAAAUGGUCAAGCGGUGUGUUCUUGCUUACCCACAUUUAUCGGAAUCCCACCGAACUGUCGUGCGGAGUGUACUGUCAGUUCCGAUUGCCCCGUAAAUCGUGCUUGCAAAAAUCGUAAAUGCGUUGAUCCAUGCCCUGGAAUUUGUGGCAUCAAUGCAAGAUGUGAAGUGAUUAAUCAUAGUCCGAUUUGCAGUUGUAAUCAAGGUUUCACCGGUGAUCCCUUUGUAACAUGUUUCCAAACGCUUAUAGACAAAGAUACCCCUCAAACGCCAGAAAAUCCGUGCGUUCCAUCCCCCUGUGGUCCAUUUGCCACUUGUCGCGAUAGCGGCUACGCGGGCGUGCCAACGUGCACGUGUAUGGAAAAUUACAUUGGUAGCCCUCCGAAUUGUCGGCCAGAAUGUACCGUUGAUUCUGAGUGCAACAAUAAUCAAGCCUGCUUGAGACAAAAAUGCAGAGACCCGUGCCCUGGCUCGUGUGGUAUCGGUGCCCAAUGCCUCGUGGUUAAUCACAUGGCAGUCUGUCUCUGCCCGAAAGGUUACACCGGGGAUGCGUUUGCUAAUUGCUUUCCGGAACCUGCUCCUGCUUCUAUACCGCAAGAUCCUUGUAAUCCAUCUCCAUGCGGAGCUAACGCAGUAUGUCGCGACGGCGUUUGCACCUGUAUGCCUGAGUUCCAUGGUGAUCCUUACACCACAUGUCGACCCGAAUGUGUACAAAAUCCGGAUUGUCCAUUAGACAAAGCUUGUGUUCGUAACAAGUGUUUUGAUCCGUGCAUUGGAGUUUGCGGGCAAAACGCAAAGUGCACAGUGAUAAAUCACACUCCAAUGUGCGCCUGCCCAGAUGGAAUGUCCGGCAAUGCGUUUGCUGCGUGUUAUCCGGUGAUUCAAGAUCAAACCGUUAUUGAGAAUCCAUGUAACCCAUCGCCUUGCGGUCCAAAUAGUAGAUGUCAGAAUUUUAAUAAUCAAGCAGUAUGUACGUGUAUAAUUGGAUUCAUAGGAAAUCCGCCAGCCUGCCGACCCGAGUGCAUAGUUAAUACUGAUUGUGCACUGAACGAAGCUUGCAUCAACAUGAAAUGCGGCAAUCCUUGCCUUGGUGCGUGUGGUAUAUCCGCUCGUUGCCAAGUGUUGAAUCAUAAUCCAAUUUGCACCUGUCCUCCUGUAUUUACUGGCGAUCCGUUUAUACGUUGUGUACCAAGACCGGAAGAUAUUCCAAAACCGAUAAACCCGUGCCAACCAUCGCCUUGCGGUUCUAAUUCUCAGUGCCAAGUCAUCAAUGAUACGCCAUCGUGUUCUUGCACGAUAGAGUUCAUUGGGACACCACCGAAUUGUAGACCAGAGUGCAUUAGUAACAGCGAAUGUCCGAGUCAAAUGGCAUGUAUUAAUCGAAAAUGUAGAGACCCAUGUCCUGGAUCUUGUCACUCUCUGGCUAAUUGCUACGUCGUUAAUCAUGUGCCCACUUGCACGUGUCGCGUCGGUUACACAGGCGAUCCAUUUGUUCAAUGCACGAUCAUGCCCAGCGAACCACCGACACCAAGACAACCUUGUCAACCAUCCCCUUGUGGAACAAAUGCCAUAUGUAGAGAACAAAACGGCGUCGGUUCUUGUACAUGUUUGCUUGAAUAUAUUGGGAAUCCCUAUGAAGGAUGCCGCCCCGAAUGUACCAUUUCGUCAGAUUGCCCCGCACAUUUAGCUUGCAUUGGAUCAAAAUGUCAGAAUCCAUGUCCUGGUUCGUGUGGUACCAAUACCAAUUGCCAAGUUGUCAACAAUAUUCCCAUUUGCACUUGUAUCCCUGGUUACACUGGCAAUCCAUACAUAAACUGCAUUUAUCAGACUCUCAGUAUUCCCGAUGAAAAGCGUGAACCAUGCAAGCCUUCUCCUUGUGGCCCCAACAGUCAAUGUACCAACAAUAAUGGUCAAGCUGUCUGUUCCUGCUUGCCUCAGUUUAUUGGAACUCCGCCAAAUUGUAGACCAGAAUGUUUAGUAAAUACAGAAUGUGGUUCGAACCGAGCAUGUGUUAAUCAAAAAUGUGUAGAUCCAUGCAUCGGCACUUGUGGUCGCGAUGCUCAAUGCAAAGUCGUACAUCACAGUCCUAUUUGUGUCUGUGCAAAUGGCUAUACAGGCGAUCCUUUCAUCUAUUGCUUCGCGGUGGCAAUUUCGAAACCGGAAGACCAAUAUCUAAAGGACCCAUGCUUGCCCUCACCUUGCGGCCCCAAUGCCUUAUGCAGAGCCAUUGGUGAUGCACCAGCGUGCAGUUGCAUGCAAAAUUACAUGGGUGUUCCACCUAAUUGCCGACCCGAGUGUUCAAUAAAUUCGGAUUGUCCCGCUAAUAGAGCUUGUAUCAGAGAAAAAUGUAGAGAUCCUUGUCCAGGAUCAUGUGGUCUCUUAGCGCGUUGUUCUGUUAUUAAUCAUACACCAUCAUGCAUAUGUCCUGAAGGCUAUACUGGUGACCCCUUCAUCAGUUGCAACGUUCUACCUCAGAUACCUCUACUUCCCCCAGACCGAUGCAAUCCAUCACCGUGCGGUCAGAACGCACGGUGUAAUAACGGAGUUUGCACAUGCAUACCCGAAUACUUAGGAGAUCCUUAUGUCGGCUGCCGACCAGAAUGUGUGAUUAACACCGAUUGUCCUCGCGAUAAAGCAUGCAUGCUCCACAAAUGUCGCGAUCCGUGCAUUGGGACAUGCGGCGUUAACGCGGAAUGCAUUGUUGUUAAUCAUUUGCCCAUGUGCAGUUGCCCAAGAAAUAUGACUGGUAGCGCAUUUGUAUCCUGUACACCUCUUCAAGAUUCAAUCAUCGUGGAACAACCGUGCAAUCCGUCCCCAUGUGGUCCAAAUAGCCAUUGUCGUGUGUCAAAUAAUCAAGCCAUUUGCGCGUGCAUCGCCGGCUUUAGAGGCGCUCCACCGUCCUGUAGACCAGAAUGUCUUAUAAGCGCCGACUGUGCCCGCAACAGAGCCUGCAGCAAUCAAAAAUGCAUUGAUCCAUGCCUCGGUGCAUGUGGAUUAACCGCACAAUGUACCGUCGUGAAUCACAAUCCUAUAUGCAGUUGCUCGCCUUUGUACACGGGAGAUCCAUUUGUUCAAUGUAUUCGUCAACCGGAAGAACCACAACCACCCGUAGACCCCUGUCAACCUUCACCUUGCGGUCCGAAUGCGAUAUGUCGAGUCCUCAAUGGCGCCCCAUCGUGCUCUUGCUUACCCCAAUUUAUCGGCACUCCGCCUAGAUGUAGACCGGAGUGUGUUAGUAACAGUGAAUGCCCUAGUCAACAAGCUUGCAUUAACCAAAAAUGCCGUGAUCCUUGUCCGGGAUCGUGUGGUAGAAAUGCUGAAUGUAGAACUGUAAGUCACACCCCGAUGUGUAUUUGCGCCAGUGACUUUACCGGUGAUCCAUUUAUCCAGUGCAAUCCCCGACCAAUCGACACACCGCUAGUUCCAUUAAAUCCGUGCCAGCCGUCACCAUGUGGUGCAAAUGCUAUGUGCCGUGAAAUUUCUGGCUCAGCUUCCUGUACUUGUUUGCCCGAUUUCUACGGAAAUCCGUACGAAGGUUGUAGACCCGAGUGUGUAAUAAACUCUGACUGUACAUCCAAUCGAGCUUGUAUAAGAAACAGGUGUCAGGACCCUUGCCCAGGAACAUGCGGUGUCAAUGCAAUUUGCGAAGUUAUCAACCACAUACCGGCGUGCAGCUGCCAAUCGAGAUAUACCGGAGACCCAUUCAAAUACUGCGAACCCAUGCAGGAAACUCCUCCGGUGCCUAUAGGCGACCCUUGUCAAUUGUCACCAUGCGGUCCGAAUAGUCGAUGCCUCAAUGUAAAUGGAAAAGCCAGUUGUUCGUGCCUGCCCACUUAUCAAGGAAUUCCCCCUGACUGCAGACCUGAAUGUAUCGUUAGCACAGAAUGUCCUAUAAAUCGCGCGUGUGUCAAUCAGAAAUGCGUCGAUCCAUGCCCAGGUGUAUGUGGUAUUAACGCUAAGUGUGAUGCCCUGUCCCACAGUCCAUUCUGCAGCUGCGGACCCAGUCAGAUUGGAGAUCCCUUCGUCAAGUGUUUCGACAUGCCCUUGAUGCCUGUACCAACACUACAAGUAAACCCUUGCGUCCCAUCGCCUUGUGGGCCAUUCUCCACGUGUCAAGACAGGGGAGGCUAUCCCUUUUGCACGUGUAUGCCUAAUUACAUUGGAUCACCACCUUACUGCCGUACCGAAUGUUCAAUUAAUUCUGAUUGCACCAGUAAUAAAGCUUGCAUUAGAGAAAAAUGCAGAGAUCCCUGUCCUGGAUCCUGUGGUUUUAAUGCCUUGUGCAUUGUAAUCAAGCAUACCCCGACUUGCACAUGUCUCGAUGGAUACACAGGCGACCCCUUCAGCAACUGCUACCUGGCACCCAUGCAAAUUCCUACAGUAACAUCAGACCCAUGUAAUCCGUCGCCAUGCGGACUGAAUGCCGAUUGCCGUAAUGGAAUUUGUAAUUGUAUACCUGAAUAUCGUGGUGACCCAUAUCGGGAAUGUCGGCCGGAAUGCGUGCAGAAUUCUGAUUGUCCAUUCAAUAAAGCUUGCGCGAAUAAUAAGUGCGUGGAUCCCUGCGUCGGAAUCUGUGGCCAGAAUGCGGAAUGCGCGGUUAUCAAUCAUGUAUCCACUUGUAGCUGUGUCAAGGAUUAUGAAGGCGAUCCAUUCACUCUCUGUAAACGUGUACAAUCACGCGUCAAACCCUGCGAGCCCUCCCCUUGCGGACCUAACAGCGUUUGCCGUGAAUUUGGAGAUCAAGCCUCAUGUUCUUGCCUACCUGGUUACUUCGGUAUCCCGCCAAGCUGUAGACCCGAAUGUCUCGUUAGCACCGAUUGCGAGCAGAGCAAGGCUUGUGUGAACAUGAGAUGUCGCAACCCUUGUGAAAACGCUUGUGGCCAGAACGCGCUAUGUGUUGUGCGAAAUCAUAAUCCAAUUUGCAGAUGCCCCGUUCAGCAUUCCGGUGACCCGUUUAUCAACUGUUUCCCCAUAACAACACCGGACGUAGAACCCACCAGGGACCCGUGUUACCCUUCACCAUGUGGAUUGAACUCGCAGUGCGCAAUAUCCGCCGAUAACAUACCCUCCUGCUCCUGUUCGCCCACCUUUAUAGGAUCUCCACCCAAUUGUAGACCCGAAUGCCAUGUAAACAGCGAAUGUCCCACCAAUCAAGCAUGCAUUAAGCAGAAGUGUACCGAUCCGUGUGUUGGAUUAUGCGGAUUCAAUGCACUGUGCCAAGUCACUUUGCACCAAGCCCGAUGCACUUGUCCCGAAUCAUACACUGGAGACCCAUUCACAGUUUGCUCUGAGAUAAUAUCAAUUCCAACACCGUCGGUACCAUCUAGACCGUGCAGCCCAUCACCGUGUGGAAUAAAUGCGUACUGCCACGAGAGAUUUGACACAGCCAUUUGCGAGUGCGUACCAAACUAUAGAGGAAAUCCGUAUCAAGGCUGUCAACCCGAGUGCCUCGUGAAUACCGACUGUCCAAAAUCGCAAGCAUGUAUAAAGACGAAAUGUCAAGAUCCUUGUCCUGGUACUUGCGGCGUUGGUGCAACCUGUACCGUAUCCAAUCACGUCCCUAUUUGUUCUUGCCCAUUGCCAACGAUCGGAGACGCUUUCACACUCUGUCAAGUCCCUAUGGAAGAUAAGGAAACGGAUCCGUGUUAUCCAUCACCGUGCGGUCCGAAUACCGUGUGCGAGAAAAUUGGUAAUACGGCAAUUUGCAAAUGUUUGCCUGGGUUGCAAGGCGUUCCAACGAGUAUAACUGGUUGUCAUCCGGAGUGCGUCCUCAGCUCGGAUUGUCCGGGUGAUAAAGCUUGCAUACAGAGUAAAUGUAAAGAUCCCUGUUCUCAGAAUGUGUGCGGUAGCAAGGCAGUGUGUAAGACGAUCAAUCAUAGCCCACUUUGCAGUUGUCCAUCUCCGUUGAUCGGCAAUCCUUUUGAGGAAUGUUAUACAAAGAUCGAAACCAAUCCUUGCAGUCCAUCGCCUUGUAAUUACAACGGCGAGUGCAGAGUGAGAAAUGGUGUCGCUGUUUGCAUUUAUCCUGAAUGCGUUAUCAAUUCAGACUGUCCGCGUGAUAAAGCCUGCUUUUCGCAGAAAUGCAAAGAUCCCUGCAUUGGCGCGUGCGGCAUCAAUUCUAUCUGUCAAACCGUUAAUCACAAGCCAAUCUGUUCCUGUCCAAUUGGAUUCAUGGGUAAUGCGCGAGUGCAGUGCACAAUUCCAGCCCUUGAAGAACCAAUUCCAGAAUGCACACAAAAUUCCGAGUGCUCAAAUGACAAGACCUGCUUCAAUCAAAAGUGCGUUGAUCCGUGUACUCUUGAUUCUUGUGGUCUUAAUAGUCGCUGCCAUGUGCAAAUGCACAGAGCUAUAUGUAUCUGCAAUGAUGGUUACACUGGAUAUCCUCAGCAAUAUUGUCAUCAACUCGGUUGUCGUAGCGAUAGCGAAUGCCCAUUAAUUCAAUCUUGCAUUAACAACGAAUGUAUUGAUACCUGCCUGGUUACACAGUGCGGUAUUAAUGCAAUGUGUACCACUGAUGGGUAUCAUAAAACUCGAUGCUAUUGUCCUGAUGGAUAUACGGGUAAUCCUUACGAAAUAUGCGAAAGACCUGAGUGCACUAGCGACAAUGAUUGCGCUCCAUCUUUGGCCUGCCGCAACUUAAGAUGCGUCAAUCCUUGCAACUGUCCACCACCAGCAUUGUGCAAUGUUGUCAAUCAUCGGCCAGUAUGUAAAUGUCCACCUGGUUAUGUGGGUAAUCCUUACACUUCGUGUCUCAUGGAUCUGUUAGAACCAGAGACCGAAUGUCAAGUUGAUGCCGACUGUCCUAGCAAAUUGGCAUGUUUCAAUGGUAUUUGUAAAGAUCCAUGUACAGAAACGAAACCAUGCAUCGUUAGUGCUAAAUGUAGCGUUGUAGAUACUUUACCGAUGAGAACAAUGAUUUGCGAAUGUCUGCCAAAUUUUGCUGGCGAUGCCACCGUUGCUUGCGUGCCAGUGGACAAACAAAUUGCUGCGGUAUGUGAGAGUGAUUCACAAUGUACACCGGACAUGGCCUGUCUAAACCGUCAAUGCAUUAAUCCAUGCACCGUUAAUCCAUGUUCACCAAAUGCAGAAUGUCAUAUCGAAAAUCAUCGCCGUACGUGCCAGUGUCCCCACGGAUACGUCGGUGAUCCAUUCAUAAAUUGCUAUGAAGAAAAUAUAGUUCUUGCGGAAUGCAGAACAAAUACCGAGUGUCCAUCCGACAAAGCGUGCAUAAAUCAAUUGUGCCAAGAUCCGUGCUCCAGCAAUCGUUGUGGUCUAAAUGCGGAAUGCAUCACGAUUAAUCAUCAUCCUUCUUGUCAUUGCCAACACGGUUUAGCCGGUGAUCCACAAGCUCAAUGCUUCAGACCGGAAUGUAAGACAGACAAUGACUGUCCUUAUGAUAAAACCUGCCGCAACGAUAAUUGCGUCUCUCCAUGUCUCAUCGGUGAUGUUGUGUGUGGUCGGAGUGCAGAAUGCAGAGCGGUAUCUCAUAGAGCCCAAUGUAUCUGUCCGCAAGGUACUCAAGGCGACCCACGUGUGGCAUGUAUUUCUGCCAUCUGCCAUUACAAUGAAGAUUGCGCUGAUCACGAAGCCUGUGACAGACUGAAUAGAGUUUGCAGACCAGUUUGCGAUGAUGAUGCGUGUGGCGAAAUCGCAAUUUGUGUCGCGCGCGAUCAUCAGCCGAAGUGCACAUGUCCUCCGGGUACCACCGGAAAUCCCUAUGUAACAUGCAUUGGUGAAUCUUCUAUUGAGCCAGAAUGCACACAGGAUAAUGAAUGCGCAUUGAAUCUCGCUUGUAUUAAUACCAAAUGUCAAGAUCCAUGUAUAUCCGCUGGUAUGUGCACCAGUGAACAGGAGUGCAAAGUCCUGAACACGGAACCACUUCGUACGAUGAUCUGUUUGUGUCCACCGAAUACAAUCACUGAUGUUAAUGGCCAGUGCAAGCAGAUUGUGUUGGGCGACGUACAAUGUCAUUUAGAUCAAGAUUGCGCCAAUUACGAGACGUGUCUGGAUGGAAAAUGCGUCGAUGCCUGUUUGACAACUCAGUGCGGUUUUAACGCGCAAUGUAAAUCCACGUCUCACACGGGUAUCUGUUUCUGUUCUCAGUACUUUACCGGGAACGCCUACAUAGAAUGCAUAAGAGUUCCAGUUGUUCCAUUGCCAGGACCUCGACCAGAAUGUUACACAAACAGCGAAUGUGCGCGCGACAAGCAAUGCAUAAAUUCGCUCUGUGUAAAUCCGUGUGUUGCUGGUGAUCCAUGCAGCAAAAGUUCUCUAUGCCAUGUUGACAAUCAUAAUCCGAUUUGCAAAUGCCCGAUUGGCUAUAUCGGCGAUCCUAAAACCAAGUGCAUACCACCGGAGAUCACGCCUGAAUGCGUAUCAAACAGCGAGUGCGCAGGAAAUUAUGCAUGUGUCAACGGCAUGUGCAUUAAUCCCUGCAACUGUGGACCCAAUGCCAAAUGUAACGUUAUAAAUCAUUAUCCUUCUUGUGUAUGUCCUCCAGGCUAUUCUGGAAAUCCUCAAUUAGGAUGUUUUAAACUUGAUUGUGAAUCUGACAGCGAGUGCGACUAUGCAGCUACCUGCUAUAAUGGUCAAUGCGUGAAUCCUUGCAUCUUGGACAACAAAUGCGCUAUCAACGCAGAAUGCUACGGCAAGAAUCAUCGAUCGGCUUGUCGUUGCGGUCCGGGUUAUUACGGCAAUCCGCAGACUCAUUGUGAAAGAGUUGAGUGUAAUACCGACCACGAUUGUCCCCACAAUCUGGCUUGCAACGACGGUCGCUGUAUAAACCCAUGCGCCGAGAAUUCACUUUGCGCGCAGAAUGCGGUUUGUUACGUCCAAGAUCAUAUUGCAUCCUGCCGUUGCCCCGAAAACAUUCCGAUGGGAAAUCCAUUUUCUUAUUGCGAGCGGCAUACCGCAGUGGAAAUAGAGGAGCCUGAAUGCAAAGUCGACAUCGAUUGUUUAGACAAGUUGGUAUGCAUUCGGGAGAAAUGCAUCGAUCCUUGCCCGGUCAUCAAACCAUGUCUCGAAAACGCUCGUUGUGAUGUUCUCGAUACGGUACCCGUAAGGACCAUGAUUUGCACCUGUCCUGAAGGUUGGAUCACCGAUGUCGACGGUGUUUGCAGGCCAAUACAAUUGACGGUCAUUGGAACGUGUACGACGAACGACGAUUGCAGUGAUCAUGAGACGUGUAUUAACAGGCAAUGUCGCAACCCCUGCAACUGCGGUACUAAUGCGGCUUGCUACGUAAAGAAUCAUAAACCAAUCUGCUCGUGCGAGCAGGACUAUCAGGGCAAUCCCGAGAUCGCCUGUCAUUCCGUCGAGUGCCAGCACGACAGUCAGUGCACGCUCGAUAAGACCUGCAAAAAUAAUAACUGCGUAAAUCCAUGCCUGGUCACAGAUCUGUGCGGUACCAACGCCGAGUGCUUCCCGAACAAUCACGUAGCCGACUGCCGCUGCCGUAAGGGCUAUCAUGGUAAUCCCUUGGAUCGCUGCCGCGUGAUCGGCUGCUACAGUAACGGUGACUGUCCAGGCGAUCACUCGUGCAUCAACAUGCAAUGUAUCGAUCCUUGCAUCCAUGACAAUCCCUGCUCGCCUCGCGCGGAAUGUAGAGUCCUGAAUCAUUUACCGAUAUGCCGCUGCCCAUCAGGCUUCACCGGAAAUCCGUACAUCAAUUGCCAACCAGAAGUCAGACCUGAGUGCAAGGAGGACAGUGACUGUCCGGAUUCACUCGCUUGUUUGAGCAACAAAUGCCAGAUUCCAUGCCCAAUCAUACAACCAUGCACUGAGCCGUCUGAGUGUCGGGUUCUACCGACACAUCCGAUACGCACCAUGGUAUGCGUAUGCCCUAGCGGAUACGUCAGCAGCGGCAGUGGUACUUGUCGGGCUACCAAACCGAUUCUCAAAAUCGAAUGUACCAAGGAUGAUGAUUGUCCUUCGGAACGUUCCUGCGUAAACGCAAUUUGUAAGGAUCCCUGCGCGUGCGGGCCUAACGCGGUUUGCAAUGUCAUCAAUCAUAAGCCGAUAUGCUCGUGCACGUUAGGAUAUGACGGAAAUCCGGAUAUUCUUUGUACAAGAGUUGCAGGAUGCAGAACGGACAGCGAUUGCAGCGGUUCACACGUGUGUGUCCAACGCAAUUGUAUACCAGCGUGCUCGCCAUCCUUGGCCUCCUGCGGCAAGAACGCCGUAUGUCACGGCAUCCAUCAUAAGGCUAUCUGCGAGUGUCCACCAGGUUUUGGUGGCAAUCCGCGGGUCUCCUGCGUCCUGUUAGGAUGCAGGACUAAUUCCGAUUGUCCUACCAAUAAGGCUUGCAUUAACAAUCGCUGUGAAAAUCCCUGUGUACAGAAUCCAUGCACUGGCAAUAUGGACUGCAAUGUUUAUAAUCACGUUGUGGAAUGUGCGUGUCCACCUGGCUACAUCGGCGAUAUUAAGUCAGGCUGUACUAAGGUUAAGGAAAAGUGCAAAGCAGACAAUGAGUGUCCUUCCCAAACUGCAUGCUUCAACGGACAGUGCAUUAAUCCAUGCACUAAGAUCGCACCGUGCGGUAUUAACGCCGAAUGCAAAGUUCUGGAUACCAGCCCAAUCAGGACCAUGAUAUGCGAAUGUCUCCCAGGAUACCGUGGAAACGCGAUUAUCCGCUGUGAUCAAAUUCCAGCGGAAAUCUGCCCAAUCGGGAAAGGACAGAUUCGCGAUGAAUACGGCAAUUGUGUCUGUCCGCCUGGAUUCGGUAAGGACGCAAACGACGUCUGCAUACCUUGUCGCAAACAGUCUAAUAUGGUGAUAAACGAAGAAGACUACUGCGUGUGCGAUUUAGAAAAGGGCUUCAGCAUAGAUGAAUACGGUCGUUGUGUUUGUCCGACGCAAUAUGGAUACGAAAUAGAUACCAAAGGAUAUUGUAGACAAAUUGGUGUAAUCGAAUGCAGACAUAAUGACGACUGCGCCGACGACAGAUAUUGCGAUAAAGUCACUCAUACUUGCCAAGAUCCUUGCAAGAAACAACAGUGUGGCGUGCACGCGCUUUGUAACGCUACCAGACAUCAAGCUAUCUGUAUCUGCGUUAAUGGCUAUUUGGGCAAUCCAUACACUCAAUGCUACGAUAGAAAGGAUGGUCGAACAGAUUUCCCUAGACCGGAAAUGGAUGUAAGUUGCCUAUCAGAUGGAGUACAAGUCGUAAUCCAUUUGCAAGAUCAAGACUUCGAUGGAGUCUUGUACGUUAAAGGUCGUAGCAAAGAUGAACAAUGCAGACGAGUUGUCUCGAUACCGGCCGAAACUGAUCAUAAAACCGAAACGUUCAAAGUUGCAUUUGGCAAUUGUGGACUCAUACAUGUGAAUGGUCAAGCUAGCUUUGUGCUCGUUAUACAGAAACAUCCGAAAUUGAUGACUUACAAAGCACAAGCUUAUCAUAUUAAAUGUAUAUAUCAAACUGGAGAACAAAAUGUUACCCUCGGUUUUAACGUCUCCAUGUUGACGACUGCUGGAACAAUCGCUAACACUGGUCCACCGCCUAUAUGCGUAAUGAAAAUAGUUGCACAGAAUGGAAAUGAAAUUAACUCUGCCGAAAUCGGAGAUAAUCUAAUGCUUCAAGUGGAAGUUCAACCUUCAACUAUUUAUGGUGGAUUUGCGCGAAAUUGCGUCGCUAAAACGAUGGAAGAUAAUUUAGAGAACGAGUACAUCGUAACGGAUGAAAAUGGCUGUGCGACAGAUCCCACGAUAUUCGGAGAAUGGGAGCAAAAUCCUGAUACUCAAUCGCUAAUGGCUAGUUUUAAUGCGUUCAAGUUCCCUAGUAGUGACAAUAUAAGAUUUCAGUGCAAUAUACGCGUGUGCUUCGGACGCUGUCAACCUGUAAACUGUCGCGGUUAUAAUGCCUUUGGCCGUCGUCGUAGAGACGUUGAUUCCGAGAUUAACGAUACAUCUCUAAGUGUAUCCGAUGGAUAUGAAGGUCAACUUCGUGAAGAGAUAACUAUUCAAUCGAACUUAAUAUUCACUCUGGAAAGGAGAGAGGAGAGGUAUACAGCAGAUCCAGCUGAAGCUCCUUCAGCACAAAGAGUGGAAGAUAUCUGUGUUUCUAUGGUCGGCUUUAUCAUAGCGUUAAUAAUUACGGCACUUUUGGCAUUGGUUGCCGUAGCUAUUGCUGUGUCAUGCUGGCUUAUGGCGUAUCGACGUCAGCCAAAGACUGCUGGACCACUGCCACACCCACCAGAGUUCCCAAAUCCCUUGUUCACUACUGAAUCUGUAGCUGAACCUUCUCCUGACUAUCACCUAUCAUAAGUUCGUUAGAAUAAUAUUUUAUAAAUAACGUACAUUUUUUAUAAUUCUCGUGGAAUGCAUUUCAGACCAUUCGUCCUAUUGGUCGGUUUUGUAUUUCGGUGUACAACUCCUCCAGUGACUAUCACUUCGUCUCUUUGUACUCUCUUUUCAAGGGUUCAAACAAUAAGUCACUGUUAUACAUUACGAGUCAUGAUAUAUACAUACUAUUUAUGGUGAUGGGUUCGCUUCCAUUAUCUACUUGCGAGUAAAAACACGGGACUAUCUUUUCUUCGUGUAUCUUUCCUGUAUUAUUUUCUCUAGUCAGUGGAGGAUUUGUUAAAUAUAAUGCUGCGAAUUUUUAAUUCCUGUGUAAAGUCAACGAAUUAGUCUAAUAUAGCUUUCUUAUUACGAAAAUAGGUAAUUGUACAUUUUCUCUAAUAAAUCGCU